AUGGUGGAAUUUGAACUAAACACCUCUGUGUUAGCUGACGAAUUCAUUGCACAUCGUUUGGGUUUAAUACCAUUAGACAGCACUGAGGCAGAAAAAAUCAAAUAUUCCAGGGCAAGUGAAAUUUUAGAUUUAAAAUAUCUUUCUUCUUAUUUCUCUCUAGAUCAUAUUUUAAAUCCUGAUUUUCAAAAAGGAGUGCAAUUUGUUGAAUUAAAUAUGCAUGUAAAGUGUACAGAAGAAGAUAUUACCAAAGAUGUUACUAGUCGAGAUCUAGUCAGCAGCGAUCCACGUUUUACGCCCAUUCAAGAAGGACCGAAGGAUCCUGGUAUUCUGAUUGCUAAACUUCGCAAAGGUCAAGAAAUUAAAGUGAAAUGCAUUGCCAAAAAGGGUGUUGCAAAAGAGCAUGCUAAAUGGAGUCCUUGCGCUGCUGUUGCUUUUGAAUAUGAUCCAUUUAAUAAACUUAGGCAUACAAAAUAUUGGAUUGAAGAAGACGAACAGAGAGAAUGUAUCAAUUUAAAUACAGACAAGGAUGAAAAGGACGUUUCCAUUAUUACCAACACCACCGAUAUCGGCACUAUUACACACAACAAUAUAAUUUCGACAGAGAAAGCUGUUAAACAAGUAAUAACCGUUGCAAAACUCGUGGGUGAAAGCUUUAAUAUAACAAUGUCCACUGGUACUGACGAAGUUUUAAACGGCGAGACAAAAGAAUUUUUUGAAUCAAAUCUUUUGCCUACUAAUAAAACUAAAGCAAACAGAUCAUCAAAAGAAUAUAGUUUAGGAUCGGGUACAAGCAGUAGUUCUAUGGAUGAUAAAGAGGAAAAAUUAAGCAAAGAAGAAGUAAAGGAUACUUCAUCUUUUAUUUUGGUUGGGGAAAUAAAUGAUUUCGAAUCUUCAUCCGGAUCUGGUGGUACUAAUGAACCGGAUUCACCCCCUUUAAGUAUGUCAAUAUCUAACGUUGUUGAACUUGAAAGAGGAAAGGGCUCUUUAAAGCGAAAAAAAUCAAAUCGUUCUAUAUUUUCAGUAUUGUCUUUAUCCAACAAAGAUACAACAAAUAAGGGUUCUUUAUCAGAAUCUGAGGGUGAUCCUCUAAAAACGACAUCACCCAAAUCACCAUCGAAAUCUGAAAGAAUUUUAGGACGUUCGGGGUUUUCCUCUUUAUCUAUAAGAAAUCGUCGUUCUAAAUCCACUAUAUCCUUAGAUGAUAAAUUACAUAUUUCUUUAUCACCUGAACAUUCUAAAUUAGGGUCAUCUGAUAUUCCCGAAAAGACUUCAAAAGUUGGAAAACUUCUUGGUUUGACUCCAAUGGAAGAAAGGAUAUUAUUGGAUAAACCUUCGAAUGGUAAAAUUAAUAAAAAGAUGCGCAGUCCUCCCGCUUCAUCUAUUGAUGAAAAAAAUAAAAUUAAUAACCAGAUCAUAGGUGGAAGUAGUAAUAAAGUUAAUAAAAUUCUUGGCGUAUCAGACAUACAUGAUGAUCCAUCGACAUUAGAUACAAAAUCAAAUAAGGCAGGAAAAAUUCUUGGAUGGGAUGAUAAUGAAGUAGUUAAGAAAGCAUAUAUGGAAAAAGUAGUAUCUGAAUUUAGAUCUUCUCGUGCGAACGUUAAUAGUCAUGUCACUGUUGCUAGUAUUCGUAAUACUUCAGCAUUUACUGGACAUUUGUCAAAAUAUAUAAACACUAAUUUUGUUCUAUCAAAAUCGAGAUCGUGGAAAAGAAGAUUUUUCAUCUUAACCAAAAAUACUUUAUAUUGUUUUAAGUCAAGUGAUUCGACGGCUAUUUUAAUGGACAGUUUGGAAUUGGCUGCAAAUACUAUUGUGUGUGUUAGUGAUGCUUUUAAUGGUCGAUCUUGGGUGUUGGAGGUUAGAAAAGACAAUAAACCGUGGUAUUUACAAGCAGACAAUGUUGAAGACAUGAAGAUUUGGCUAGCAGAAUUAAAGGCAACAGUGAAAUCUUCUGAAGAAAAUAAUAAGACCUAUGAACAAAUCUCUCUUCCUCCUCCGCCGAGACCGAUCCCUCCUCCACUUCGAUCGAAGUCUCGUUCGCCUUCUCCUACAACAAACUUGACAUCACCAAUUCAUCCAUUGUCACCUCACCUUAUUGUGAAUGGUGAUGUAGAAGAAUUUAUUGGGUCCCCAACGAAAUUAGACCAGAAGACAUCAGAAUGUACAUCACGUCCUUCUUCUCCAGUUGAGACUUUAUCACCACCAAGAACGAGGCAUGGUCAGGUCAUACCAAAUGAGCACGCAACAUAUUCUGACCCUAAUGAUAUACGAGAAUUAUCACAUGUGAGAAAUGAUCCUGGCCCUAUGAAUAUAGGAUCAUCAAUAAGCACAGUUACACCACCUCGUAAACGUCUCUCUCCACCCAUAAAAAGGGAAGAAAGAAAUAGCAUUAGACAAAGUAUUCCGAUAAUUAUGCCAACAAACUUUUUUAAGACAAAUCAGCAUAAUGCUAUUAUAGGGACAUCAUUACCACCACCUCCUCGUUCGUCAAGAUCACCUCCUCUUAUAAGAUCUGAAAAUUCAUUUACACCAGAAGACCUACUAUCUAUUAAUCAACUUGGACCUCCACCAAGUAUUCCCUUACCUUUACCUCCUCCUAGACCAAAAUGUACAAUAACCCAAAAUUCAGUACCUAGAUCAAGAAUUUCCAAUGAUACAUCAAGACCAUCAUCAUAUGAUAGAGUAAAAACAUUAACACCAACACGUUUUACAAAUUCAAAUCUCAUGUCUCGUACAAUGAUUCAUCCACCUCCUUCUCUCCCACCUCCGACUAUACCAUUACCACCGAUACCAGCAGAAUCAACGGACAAUGAUAUAUCAGUGACACGUAAUUCAACAUCCGUUAUAACUGAAACAAUAAUUGAGUAUCCCGAUGAUGACGAUUUAGAUCCGGAUUAUGCAGAAGAAUUAGAGGCAUCCCACGUAGCCGUCGAUGAUCAUAGCUAG